GGCAAAUUUAUGCCUGGGUAUAUAUUGCAGUGGCACUCCUGAGCAUUCAAACACUCCUUUCUCCAGGGAGAAGACAAAAGGAACGGUUCAGCUGCUUUAUUCUAAGACUCUACAUCAAGGGGAGCAAGAGCCCUUCACUGAAAUCCUCCCACCAUGCUGGGGCUGCUGCUGCUGCAGGGGUUGGCCAGCUGCCUCUGGCUGGGACACAGUGAGGUGGUGAACUCCUUUGCAAGCUGUCCUCAGUUCUUCUAUGCAGGCCAUCCUCCAAAUGAUGUCCUGAAUCCAAAGAACCCAGCCUGGAUCUGCCAGCGUUUCAGCAACUCGUAUCACUAUGCCACCCUGUAUGACAGAGACAGGAGAAUUCCAGUGUACUCUGCUUACAAAUACCAGCCUGGGAUUGCCAAGAGACCUCACACAUGGUGGUUUGUUGAGCCUCAGCUGAUAGGUAAAAAUAAUCUUAAAGAGAUGGAAAGAGAGUCGGUCCUCAUACAGAAAUACAAGUUCACCUUAGACCAAAUCAAAGAAAGCCAAGCUGUCCUCAGUGACUACAACGUGACUGGUUUGGACCGUGGCCAUUUGAGCCCCAGUGGGCAUCAUUACAGUAGAGAAAGCAAGACAGCUACCUUCACCCUCACCAACAUAGUGCCUCAGAACAGCAGUCUCAACGAGGGCCAGUGGAACAUCUAUGAGUCUAAAAGGAUGGCCACAAAGACCAAGGGCUGUACAACAACCUACGUGAUCACGGGUGCUGUGCCUGGGAACACCUACAUCGCUGAAGGGAGGGUUAACAUACCCAGCCAUAUCUGGUCAGCUGCCUGCUGUCUGGUGGGCACAGAGCCCAAGAAGGCUUGGGGGGCCAUCGCUGAGAAUGACAAGAAUGAGGUGGAGGAGCUCAGCCUGGGGGAGCUGGAGGAGAGGUUGACCGAGCACUACCAUGGAACAGUUACAUUGUUCAAUAAUGCCUGUCCCCGGCAAUAAGCCUCAUAUCCUCAAUGGAAAAGGCUGAGUGGCUUUUCUCACAUGUCACAGAAUCACAGAAUGGGUUGUUUUUGAUUGGACCUUAAAGCCUUAAUGAUCAUCUCAUUCACACCUGCCCGCCAUGGGCAGGGACACAUUCCACUACACCAGGUUGUUCCUUGCCCUCCCCAGCCCAGCCUUGAACCCUUCCAGGGAUGGGCCAGUCAAAACAUCUCUGGGUAACUUUUACUCAUACCACCGCCUGUUCAUAGUAAUUUACU